AUGUCCGACACAAACAAUAUCUCGGCGGCGGAGGCCGUUGCAAAAGCUGCCAAAGAAGCAUUCGAGGCAUCGCAACUCAUCCCGGCCGAGGAGAGGGUGAAAGCCCUUUAUGAGAUCCGCAAGGAGCUGGAGGGGGCCAAAAAAGAGAUUUUAGCAGCAAACAGGAGAGAUCUUGAGGCUGCUCAACUGGAGGUUGAUGCAGAUCGGAUGUCGAGUUCUAUGCUGAAAAGGCUGGACCUCGGUAAAGAUGACAAGUGGGAUUCUAUGUUGCAAGGUGUUACCGAUGUUGCAGGACUACCGGAUCCUAACGGCGUGGUGACCUAUGCAAAUGAGCUCGACGACGAACUCGAGCUGUACCGGGUUUCCUGUCCGAUCGGGGUGCUAUUGGUCAUCUUCGAAGCGCGUCCCGAAGUUGUUAUCAACAUUGCUGCUCUGGCUAUCAAGUCAGGGAACGCUGCCAUUCUGAAAGGAGGUCAUGAGUCAAACCAGACCAGCCAGCUUCUCUCGAAGGCCAUACAGACUGCCCUAUCACGAACGUCUAUUCCGAGCUCGUAUAUCCAAACUAUCCAGACACGGGCAGAAGUCUCUGCGCUGCUUUCUCUAGACCAGUACAUUGACCUGGUGAUCCCGCGCGGGAGCAACAGCCUAGUACGAAGCAUCAAAAACAAUACAAGGAUUCCUGUGAUGGGCCAUGCCGAUGGCUUGUGCAGUGUCUACCUGGAUGAGGCGGCGGACCUCGACAAAGCAGUGAGAAUUGUGCUUGACUCGAAGACUAACUAUCCGGCCGCCUGCAAUGCAGUAGAAACUCUCAUUGUUCAUGAAAGCUUGUUGUCGACAGUCUGGCCUGCGGUCGCUAAGGCUCUCCUCGCCGCGGAUGUCCAGCUUCUCUGUGACGCACCGACACUGUCUGCCCUUUCCUCUCUCUCUCCCGCUCCGGCCAAUUUCAGCACACACGUACACCCGUCAACGCCCGAUGCAUAUACCAUCGAACAUCUCAACCUCACGUUGUCCGUGAUUGCUAUGCCCUCGCUCGCAGAGGCUAUCCGCUUCAUUAACGCGCAUUCAUCGCAUCACACCGAUAGCAUCGUCACCGAGGAUCCCGCAGCAGCGUCUAUGUUCUGCCGCGGCGUAGAUUCAGCGGGAACGUUCGUUAACGUCAGCACGCGCUUCGCAGACGGAUUCCGUUAUGGGUUUGGCACGGAAGUUGGCAUCAGCACAGGAAGAAUACACGCGCGAGGGCCAGUCGGGCUCGAAGGGCUUGUAACGUACAAAUAUAUGCUAAAGAGUAGAGGGGAUAAGGGGCAUAUCGUAGGCGAGUUUGGAAUAGGCGAGGGCAAGAAGAAGUAUAAACAUAAGAGAAUUGAUGCGCAUUCUGUACCCUUCUUGUCGUAA